AUAUUCAACUUCCUGUUUUAAGAACACAGCAUAAGCCGUCUUGAUGUUUGCUACGAUGGCAGUCGAUCAUCUUUUUACAACCUUCAUCCUUUUGCUUAUCUCUAACACAGGGUUCAGUGCUGAGAUCUCUGUGUUUGUGCAGACAGGAGCUUCUGUUCAACUGGAUAUACAGACACAACAACUACCAGAGUUUGAUAUUUUAGCCUGGAUGAAUGAUAAAUCAGAGAGUAUAGUUAGAUAUAACAGUGAUUCCAAAAGAGUAACACCUCACGAUUCCUACAAGGACAGAGUGGAUUUCAAUGAUAAAACCUUCUCUGUAACACUGAAGAACAUGCAGAAGGCAGACAGUGGAUUCUACACAGCAAGAACAAUUGGAUUAAUAAACACAGAUAUUGCCGCAUACAGAGUAUCUGUUAUAGAUGCUGUGCAGGCUCCUGUCCUGACUGUGAACUCAAACUGGUUCAGCAGUGACUCCUGUACUGUGAACUUCACAUGCAGAGCUCCUGAGCUCAUGAUUAACUCCAGCUAUCAGAACAACAGAUGCUCUCCACAGGAAGUGACAUCACAUAAGAACUACACUCUCACCCUGGAUUGCAGCAAGAAAUACAUUCUCUGUAACCACAGCAACCCUGUCAGCUGGAAACAAGCCAGAAUAAAUACUACACAGCUCUGUGAAGACUCAGAGAAUGAAAGGCCAAUCACACUCUCCUAUGACCCAUCUUACAUGUUUGUGCUCCUUAUUGUGUGUGUUUUUGUGGGAGUGAUAGUGUUUGCUGGUUUGAUUCUUUACUGUUGCUGCAAGAAUAAAACAGAUGUCAAACAGGCUGAUGAUAAAGACUAUGAUGAUGUUGAGACUCUGAUUCAGAAGGUGACAGGAGAUACAUGGACCACCGUUACCUACUGUACAGUAGGACGACACCAAACACCUUCAUGAAUGCUAAAGACUCACAAACAGCUUAACUCAAAAGUGAAGGUUCUGUCAUAAGUUACUCACCUCAUGUUGUUCUAAACCUGUAUGAUUUUCUUUCUUCUUUCAAAUCCAUUGUUUUGUAGUCAU